GAGACAGAUCGGAUACUGAAGCCGACCCUCGCUGGGCUCUGGCGUGUGGUGUGUUGUGGGAAUAGCAGCAUCGAUAAGUGAUCACCAAACACGCUUGGGAAGUCGUAUUCCCCAUGUCUGCCCUUGUCGGGGCUGUCUGCACAACGCCGGAAUGCGGAAAGCCCGGCACCAUGGCUUGCCCCACCUGCAUCAAGCUCGGCUUGCCGGCCAGCCGCUACUGCGCCCAGGAAUGCUUCAAGCGAGACUGGGGACGCCAUAAGGCGAUCCACAAGCUGGCGAAGGCGAAGGCAACAGCAUCCUCCGGCGCGACAACUCCCGCCGUGCGGCGAGAAUUCAACGGUUACACUUUUUCGGGGGAUCUGAGACCCGCCGCCCUCUCCGCGACGAGAGUGGUUCCGCCGCAUAUCCGGCGACCCGACUACGCCGAUCACCCCGAAGGGCGGUCCAUGUGUGAGGAGGGGAGCAAGAGGGGGGGAGGGAGCAACGCCAUCCCCGUGUACACGGCCUCUCAAAUCCGGGGCAUCAGGGAGGCGUGCAGGAUCGGGCGAGAGGUUUUGGAUGCGGCCGGGAGGGCCGUUCGGGUUGGGGCUACCACUGACGAGAUCGACCGGGUGACCCACGAGGCAACGGUGGAGCGAAACGCUUACCCGUCCCCCCUGAACUACUACAACUUCCCGAAGAGCGUGUGCACGUCUGUCAACGAGUGCAUCUGCCACGGGAUCCCGGACAUGCGCGAGCUUAAGGACGGGGACAUCGUGAACGUGGACGUGACCGCGUACUUCGGGGGUUUCCACGGCGACCUUAACGAGACUUUCAUGGUUGGCAAGGUGGACGACGAAAGUGCGGGGCUAGUCGAGACGGCGUACCGAUGCCUGUCCGCCGCGGUGGACAUGGUGCAACCGGGGGCCAUGUACCGGGACUUGGGGGCGAGCAUCGGCAAGAUCGCCAGGGAAAACGGCUGCCAGGUGGUGAAGACCUACUGCGGACAUGGCAUCGGCGAGCUGUUCCAUACGGUGCCGACGGUCCCACACUACCCCAAGAACAAGGCCAAGGGUGUUAUGAAGCCUGGCCACAUCUUCACCAUCGAACCCAUGAUCAACGUCGGGACGUGGCAGGACAGGACGUGGCCAGACAACUGGACCUCCGUGACGGCCGACGGACAACGAUCGGCGCAGUUUGAGCAUACCCUCCUGGUAACAGACCAGGGGUGCGACAUUCUCACGGCACGGGACGGAAAGACCUCGAUGGAGUGGGACGUCGCAGCGGUGCAAAGGUGAUUGGGGAGAGGAACGCGGGUGCCCCCCGGGAAAGGCCGACUAAAUACAACGACGGGUUCUCCUGCCGUCAUGCCGGGGAUAGAUGCACCUCAUGGAGGGGUUGGGAGCUUGCCCCCCCCCGACGGGAACUAUCGGCGGAAGGAGGGGUCAAGAGACUUGUCCCUCGCUGGAAAUGCCGCUUCUUUGCAGUUUGUGUGGACGAAGUAGAGGGAGGCGGCAGAGCUCCAAGAGACCUUGGGGAAUGUCGUGUUUGGUGAGCCCGCCAUUUGGAACAAGCGCGGCACCUGAGGGUCCCCGCCCAGCGAGCACUGACGAGGCAUUCGGCGGGGGCGAUGGAAGGAGGAGGGUAGGCGAUGUGCUGGUGUUUCGGGGAUGUUUGUUUCCAGUUGUAGCUGCGUGGUAGCUCUUCCCCUGGGUGUUUGGUAAGUGUGGGGCAGGCGUCAUGCCAUGUCUUACCUUAAACUAGCUCUGUCUGAAGUGUUCUUUCCCCGUGCAUUCUAGAGGCUAGCAGGUGCAGCCUAUAACCCUAACCCUGUUGACCUACCGCCGAGGCAACACUGCUGGAUGGUAGUGUGUGUCCCGUUGAUUUUUGUGGGGAACGGUCUGCCUUUUGUGAAAAAACUCAGCACUGCACGUGGGGUUUGCGAGUUGUUGUUAUCAAAAUAUCAAAAUGUCAAUCGUUGUCUUCUUGAAGUUUUUCGAAGAGACUUGGUGCGUAUUACAUUGUGCAUGUUCAGCUGUUGUUUGUUGACUAGCCUCCAUGGCAAGGAAACGAGAGGUCCAACAACGAUGUAUGUAUGUUUGAGCAGGCUACAGGUGGCUACCAACGGUGUACCAUGUGGACCAGCCUGCCGCACCUUGCAACCGCUGCAAUUCGGAGAAGGUGGUUGCUCCUUCCUGCAUGUGGAGAAAGAUGACGUCGAAGUGCAAAGGCUAGUCAAUCAAGUGAUUCCAAGAGCACGAGUGGCUUGCUAUUGGUGGAGUCA